GGGACAAGGUCCCGGGCGCUGCACCCCAGGAAGCGAGGUUUGAUUCUCCCGGCCUCGGGGGCCCGGCGUGCUCGCCCCGAAGGCUCUAGACCUCGAACUUCAGCCCCUCUGGUCGGCAGGGGCGCGGCGCCUUUAAGGACCCGACCCACCCAGUCAGGUGACCAAGCCGUCGCUUAGCAACGGGACGCCACGCGAUUCUGGUGGCGCGGCCUGCGGAGAGGCUGUGCCUGGCCUUUCUCGUCCCGUGGCUGCGGGAUGUCCCGGGAGAACCCCGGAGAGUGCGCGGAGCCCGUGGAGCCCGUGGUGUGCGCGGAGCCCGCGGAGCCCGUGGAGCCCGCGGCCCAGGCCCCGAUGGAGAAGACCAGCGACUACUACCGCGUGGACGAGGACCUGCCGGCGAGGUUCAACCACCCGGGGUGCUUCCGGGGCUACAGGAGGACCAAGGAGCCGGCCUCGGUGUACAUGACCAGUAACCAGGCCUACGGGAGCCGGGCGCCCACCGUGCACGAGAUGCCGAAAGUGUUCCACGCAUGUUCGAAUAGCUUCUCCAGACAGCUGGCAGCUGCUGGAAUGUUCCGGAACACUUCCUUGAACGUCCACGUGGAGAAGAGCAACGUGAUGGGCGCCGACAACUGGAUCACCUCCUUCGACCGGCUGAACUUCCACCCCAGCUACAACGUGCACCGGCCCUCCAUCUGCAACGACUGAGGGUGUCCCCCCCCCCCCCCCCCCGCCCCCGGCUGCCCAGCGGGACGGUGCCGAGCGCUGCUGUCCCUCAGGCGCCUCUCCUGUGUGACGGCCACUUCCCGUCUACCGCUGAGCCGGGAGGGCGGCUGCCUUGUCUCUGCAUUAAAACGUUGCCCCAUCCCGAGUGCCUGGCUCACCUGGGGUCGCGGGCGGGUGUCGGGGGGGGGGGGGGCGUCGCCCUGACCGUCCCCCGUUUCUGUUGGGGGCCUUGUUCCUGCUCUCGGUGCUCCGCGGGGAGGGUCCCCCCGGGCGGGGCCAGGGAGGUGCGGCAGAAUCCUCUGGAAAGCGCCAGGCAGGAGGGCUGUAAGGGUCCCUGAGCCACAGACAGACUCGGGUUCCCGCCAACACCCCGGCCACAGGGAAGCCGGGCGGGCGGCCGAUGACGGGCGCGGUGGGCGUGUGCUCGUGGCUGGCAGGCAGGUGCCCACAGGCGAGUUCUUGUCUUCGUGUUCAUUUAAACUUUUCAAUAAAAAGUGAAAAAACCCCAAACCAAGCGGGCAGGGAAUAGGUUUCCUCCGGAGGGAGUGGCGCAGCGGCAGGUUUAUCUGGGUGGCCGGUCCUCGGCCAGGGUCCCGGCAGCUGGGGUCCUCAGUGAGAAAACAGCCUCAUGGCGGCCCCACGGACCCCGCCUGCAGGGGGAACCCUGCCUUUAGGAGAUGCG